ACGGUGAUCUUUAUUUCAUCAUUUCUGAAAAAUAGGACUAGUAACGGAAGCCAGUAAAAAGUUCAGUUUUAGACCACAGCAUCUUAUGAUCGGAUUUUUUUCUUGAAAGGGGAAGACAGCAUGGGAGGAAGUCACUCCGCAUCUACAACCAAAAUUGACACCCCCACGGUAGCCCCAACAACCAGCUCGCUAUCCUGCCUCUCCAAUUAUCCCACUUUAAUCUUGGCCUUCUUUGCUGGAGUUCUACUGACACUGUUGCUGAUGGCGUUUGUCUUCCUCAUCAUAAAGAGCUGCAGAAGAUGUCACCCCAGUCCUCAAGUCCUGGAUCCUCACUCAGAUUCUCCUGCCAAGCUUUCAUCCAUACCAAAGGAGUCACUUACCUAUGCCAGCAUGACUUUCAGACCAUCAGAAGAAAAGAGCAGCCACCUGACUGAAAACUGCUCUGCAGACUCGGACCCCGUUGUCUACGCGCACGUUAAAGUGACAAAAUCACAUCUGCCUGUUCAAUGAGGCUUGAGUCUACUUCUUCUCAUCACAACUCCAGCUACAUAUUACUUUCCCUUUUUAUUUUUUUACAAAUUUGGGACCAUGGCCAGUGUGAAGCUGCUCAAGACACCAUCUGGCAAUGUUAUCAGCAGUCUUAAAUACCAAUGGCCCCUCAUUUUCCUAGCAAGAGAAAAGAUUGCUGCUCCCUCAUCAUACUUGACAGCCAAUGGCUCUUCGAAGGGCUCCUUUUAUACCCUUCUAAAGUAUGGGGGUCAGAGCUUAGUACACAGAGCGUAUCCCCACCUCCCUUGACCAACCAGAGAGGAGUCAACCAAAUGAACAAUCUAUCAAGACUUUCAACCCUCUACAAAUGUCACCUCCUUUUUCAUCAGUUAUUAGCCUGUCCCUGUCACCUUCUCCAGACAUCAGGACCAGAUUUCUUCACAAAGCACAAAGUUCAUAUUGUAUAAAGCACUAUUCAAAUGUGAGUUUCUAUCUCCUUCCUGUGGUAUGAGAAAUAUGUAAGAUGAUCUUAUAUGAGAACAAAGAAAAAGGCUAAUCUAGUGUUGAUUUCCCCAAAUUCCAACGGAUAGUCGUAUAGACAAUCCCAUUAAAAAUAUCAGUAUGAUUAUUUUUCACUAGGCAAACUUACUGUAAAAUUUCUACUUAGAUAACAAAUAGGAAAUCAAAUCCAGAGAAGUUCAUAAAAAUAAAUAAUAAAUGAAUGUAACAUGGGAAGGCUAUCCCUAACAGCUAACUAGGUACUUUUGUAAAAAGUACCUGUUUUACAAAAUAAGACUAAUUAAAGCAAUAUGCUAAUAAUGUCUGAAUAAACGAAUCUAUGGAAUAGAAUAAAACGACCAAAAUACACAAGGAAAUUCAGGGUGUGUUACAGAGGGCAUAUCAAAUCAUUUGUGGGGAGGAGAUUUAGUCACUAAAUGGGGCUGAGAUUUAAAAAAAAAAAAGUAGCCACAUAGUCAUUUCACUUCUCAUAUCAAAAUAAAUUGUGUUUGAAUCUGAAAUGUCCCCAGAAGGCUCAUGCAUUGGGGGCUUGGCUGCCAGAUGACAAUCUUAUUGGGAAGUGAUUGGGUCCCAAGGACUCCUGACUAAUCAAUGGAUCAAUCCCUUGAUGGAUUCAUAAUGUAAGACAUUAUUGGGAGGUGGUGGAAAGAAAGUAGGAGAUGGGGCCUAGCUGGAGGAAGUAGGUGCUAUGGCCUCCUUGUACCCAGUCCUUUCCCUCUGGCUGCCAUAAGGUGGCCUGCUCGUCUCCAUAUCACCUUCUUCACCAUGAGGCUCUGCCUUGCCGCAGGCCCAAAGCACUGAAACCAACUAACCUGGUCUGAAACCCUUGAAAUCAUGAAUCAAAGCAAGGCUCUCCCCCUUUUAGGUAGUUUCUUGCAGGUAUUUAUCAUAGCGAUGAAAAGUAUGACUAACACAGAAAUUAAACUGUAGCUGGCAGAAUAGUUCAAGUGGUAGAGCACUUGUCUUGCAAGCGUGAGGCCCUGAGUUCAAAGCCCAGUACCACCAGAAAAAGAAAAAAGUACAGAAAUUAAACUUCAAAAUUAAAGUACUAGAGAAGUAUGGGAGAAUUUAAAAAAAAUAAUUUCAGAGUAGAGCCUACCUUUGAAUGUAUGACACGAAGCCCAGAAAUCAGAAAAUAUUAACUUAUAAAAUGCCAUUAAAAAGUCAAAAGACAAAUGGCAAGCUUGUA